UCCCCAAACGGUCAUGUUUCAUACCCUUCAUAAUAACUAGCAGAGACAAUAGUGUUCUAUGCUCUUCAAAGUUUCCAACAACAUGAAGAUUCUCAACCUCCCAACAAUGCUGUGCCAACAAUGAGAACACUGCCCCCUAAUGGGGAACCACGAUAUUCAAGUUUUGCCCCACCAGACCAAUACGUGAAGGAAUAUAACGGAUUCCAUUUUGAAGGAGCUUUGAAGUAGACUCUGAAGAUCAGUGGCUUUCAACUUCCAGUAAACUGAAACCUUCGGAUCAACGUGCCCCAAACCCUCACGGGCCGAUCUAACAACUCUACUUAACAACACUCAAGAUCCCAGAGUCUCCUGAGAGAUAGAGACUGUUGUUGAAGACACUUUGAGGUUGGCUAUUACGUCUUGCAAAAUUUCAGCGCUGGCAGAAUCAGAUGCCUCUGUUUGCAGUAAUCAGCCUUCACCCCCCCGGUCUGUCAGCGUCAGCUCCGCCUCCUAGCAACAUGAGCUCAUACAAAUCCUCCAGCUACUCUGUGCGCUCCAGCACGGCCGGGCCCACCCGGCACGCAGGCUUCUACGAGCGGCUGUCCGGCGGCCUGCCCGUGCAGCGGGCCGCCAGCAUCUACGGCGGGGCGGGGGGCCAGGGGACCCGCAUCUCGGCCGUGUCGUACUCCGGGGUGCGUGGCGCGGCGCCCGCCGGCUCCUUCUCCUCCUCCAUCCAGGUGAGCGGCAGCGGCGGUGGGGCCAUCUGCAGCAACGAGAAGGUGGCCAUGCAGCACCUCAACGACCGGCUGGCCACCUACCUGGAGACGGUGCGCAACCUGGAGCUGGCCAACAACAAGCUGGAGGUGCAGAUCCGCGAGUUCCUGGAGAACAGGGGCCCCGACGUCAACGACUACAGCCGCUACAACGUUGUCCUGGAGGACCUGCGCAAGAAGGUGUUUGACGCAACUGUGGACAAUGCCCGCCUUGUGCUCCAGAUUGAUAACGCCCGAUUGGCUGCCGAUGACUUCAGAGUCAAGUUUGAGUCGGAGCUGGCUAUCCGGCAGUCAGUGGAGGCUGACAUCGUGGGCCUGAGGAAGGUGAUUGAUGACACCAACAUUGGCCGCAUGAACCUGGAGAGUGAGAUCGAGGCACUGAGAGAGGAGCUCAUUUUCCUCAAGAAGAACCACGACAACGAAGUCAUGGAGCUGCGUAACCAGAUCGCCCAAUCAGGAGUUCAGGUGGACGUGGAUGCCCCCAAGGGGCAGGACCUGUCACUGAUCAUGGAAGAGAUCAGAGCCAAGUACGAGAAGAUGGCGCUAAAGAACCAGGAGGAGCUGAAAGCCUGGCAUGAGUCGCAGAUGUCAGAGGUCCAGGUGCAGGUGACACAGAACACAGAGGCCCUUCAGGGUGCACGCACAGAGGUCAACGAACUGCGCAGACAGCUGCAGGCCCUGGAAAUCGAGCUCGAGUCGCAGAGGACCUUGAAAGGCUCACUGGAGGGAACCCUGCGGGACACAGAGCUGCGCUACAACAUGGAGAUGGAGAAGUACAACACCAUCAUCCUGCAGCUGGAGGCUGAGCUGACGGAGCUGCGCACCAACAUCCAGCAGCAGUCGCAGGAGUACGAGGCUCUGCUCAACAUCAAGAUGAAGCUGGAGGCCGAGAUCGCCACCUACAGGAGGCUUCUGGACGGCGGUGACUUCAAGCUCCAGGAUGCUGUCACAGACCAGAGGAUGGUGAAGACAAAGGUGAUGACUGUCACAGAGACCCUGGUGGAUGGGAAGGUGGUGUCAUCCAGCACAGAAACCAGGGAGAGCAAAUCCUGAGCGCCCACCUGUGCUCCACUGAGCGACCCUGCUUCCGUCCUGCCGAGCAAACAUGGGCCAACAAACACAACUGUCACAUAUCCUACAAAAAGCAAAAAUCAGAAGCAUAUAUAAUUUUCAGAAAUUAACUCCUCCCUUUGCCAAAUAUGUUGUCUAAAUUGUCCAAAGCACUUACACACAAUGCAAUAUUAUAGAAAUGAAGGUUGAGAAAACAAAAUGAAGGGGAAUUUUACUGUUUUUAAAACACUUUUUUUGUAGCUGGAUACUACAGCUGCUAAAUCUUAAAGAGGAGUAAUUCAUUUUGGGCAUAAUUUUCCAAGAAUCCACUUGGUCUCAUCACAUUUAUGUUGUCACCCAUUAUGCAAUAAAAGCAAGUGUUUUACAUGA